AUGCACAGAAGAAAAGAACAAGGUCUUGAUAAGUGCACAGAGGAAGAAGAACAAGGCAUUGAUUAUUGUACAGAAGAAGUAGAACAAGACCUUGAUAAGUGCACAGAAGAAGAAGAUCAAGACCUUGAUAAGUACCUUGAUCAGUGCAGAAAAGAAGAAGCACAAGACCUUGAUAAGUGCACAGAAGAAGAAGAAGUCCUUGAAAAGUGUACAGAAGAAAAAGAACAAGACCUUGAUAAGAGCACAGAAGAAGAGGAACAAGACCUUGAUAAGUGCACAGAAGAUAAAGAACAAGACCUUGAUAAGUGCACAGAAGAAGAUGAACAAGACAAAGAAGAAGAACAAACCUUGAUAAUUGCACAGAAGAACAAGAACAAGACCUUGAUUAGUGCACAGAAAAAGAAGCAUAAGACCUUGAUAAGUGAACAGAAGAAGAAAAACAAGACCUUGAUAAGUGCACAGAAAAAAAAGAAUAAGACCUUGAUAAGUGGACAGAAGAAGUUGUACAAGACCUUGAUAAGUGAACAGAAGAAUAAGAAGAAUACCUUGAUAAGUGCACAGAGAAGGAAGAACAAGACCUUCAUAAGUGCACAGAAGAAGAAAAACAAUACCUUGAUAACUGCACAGAAAAAAUUAUAUAAAACCUUGAUAAGUGCUCAAAAGAAGAAGAACAAGACCUUGAUACGUGCACAGAAGAAGAAGAAGACCUUGAUAAGUGGACAGAAGAAGAAGUACAAGACCUUGAUAAACCUUGAUCAGUGCAGAAAAGAAGAAGCACAAGACCUUGAUAAGUGCACAGAAGAAGAAGAAGUCCUUGAAAAGUGUACAGAAGAAAAAGAACAAGACCUUGAUAAGAGCACAGAAGAAAAGGAACAAGACCUUGAUAAGUGCACAGAAGAUAAAGAACAAGACCUUGAUAAGUGCACAGAAGAAGAUGAACAAGACAACCUUGAUAAGUGCACAGAAGAAGAGGAACAAGACCUUGAUAAGUGCACAGAAGUAGAAGAACAAGACCUUGAUAAGUGCACAGAAGAGGAAGAACAAGACAGUGAUAAGUGCACAGAAGAAGAAAAAGAAGACCUUGAUAAGUGCACAGAAAAAAAGAAUAACACCUUGAUAAGUGCACAGAAAAAGAAGAACAAGACCUUGAUAAGUGCACAGAAGAAGAAGAAUAAGAACUUGAUAACUGCACAGAAGAAGAAGAACAAGACCUUGAUAAGUUGUACAGAAGAAGAAGAACAAGAUCUUGAUAAGUGCGUAGAAGAGGAAGAAGAAGACCUUGAUAAGUUUACAGAAGAAGAGGAACAAGGUCUUGAUAAGUGCACAGAAGAAGAAGAACAAGACAUUGAUUAUUGCACAGAAGAAGUAGAACAAGACCUUGAUAAGUGCACAGAAGAAGAAGAACAAGACCUUGAUGAGUGCACAGAAGCAGAACAAGACCUUGAUAAGUGCAUAGAGAAAGUAGAAAAGAAAGAAAAGAGAAGAAAAGAAUAA